UCCACGCCCCCAACCCUCACUCACUCAGGCAGCAACUCAACGUCAAACACAGAGCAGCUGCGGAUCUAUGGUCCUAUGUAAAACCGCGGAGAAAGGACUGUCAACCGAAAGAUCUUCUGAUAAACUAUCUAGCCAUACGUUAACGGUUACCGGUUUAUGUGUCAAAUGAGGAGAAAAGCUUAGCUUGUCACAACACAAGGCUUCAAGAAUAUUUUUUUUUCGUGGAUCCUGUCGAUUUUCAUUCAAGGGAAAGUCUGAGACCGAUCUGACAUCCCCUGGUGUGACAGAGAAGAGGGAACGGUCCCAGCCCUGACCAAGCUCUCCAAAACCUCCCUCAUGUGCUUUAUGUAUUGAUUUGUUGUUAAUAAAAAAUUAAAAAAUAAAAAAUAAAAAAUAAUUUAAAAAAAAACAAGCUCUCCAAAGACCCCCAAUGCAUUCCACUUGGCGACCACUCUCGCCCUCAGCAACAUGGAUGCAGAUGGGGAAAUGCUCAACAUUGAGUGUGAUCAUCAGUUGAAACUAAAGGAGGGCAGCUAUGCUCAGAAUGUGUGGCUGAACUUCUCCUCUCUGCCCUUUCUGGACCACUUUUUCUCUGACACAAGUCUCCUUGAGGUUUCAGAGUCGCUCCUGUCCCCUCUGCUACAGGCCUCGGCUGAACAGUACAACACAGUGCUUCUCUCCAGCCCUGGUUCCCUGUGCAACCUCUUGUUCCUCAACAAAAACCUGAAGAAUUCCCUGGCGGACUGUCCAGGUGCACAAGACAUGUAUUUUGUUCGCGUCACUGAACACAAUAGCCAAGGUGUGGUUCAGCAGCAGUGUCAGCUCAGUGGCUAUGGACCAGAUGGCUAUGAUAUCCCCCAGUCACCUACAAAACACUGCCAGGGGGAUCUCAUGUCCCAGUACAACCCUGCUGUCCCCACACCUGGCAUAGCGAGGCAGGAGGAGGGGGGCACCAUCAGCACAGACACAGCUCUAGCCCAGCCAUGGACCAAAAGGACUAGGAGCCAAGGCCAGGAGCAGCCUGUGACUGCAAUGGUGGAGGAGGCAGUGAGAGAGCAGACAUGGUGGCAUCUCUCCCAACAAGCAGCCCUGUUCGGACAGGCUGGACGGAUCCAGAGGAGGCUCCAGGCUCUGCUAGGGGACCACAUCUCUCGCCACUGCAUCUUCCAGCUGGAGGGUCUAAAGAAGAUGCAGGGCAGGGAGACCCCGGGUCCCCCCACACCCCCAGCUGACACCAAACCCUUUGAUACAGCCAUGGGGCAGAGACCGACAGGUACACAGAGCCACAGGACACAGGGGCCUGCCCUACUGCAAACCUUCUCAGUCCCAUCGUCUUCUAAAGACAUCCAGGAGUUUGCCAGCUAUGCCCAGGCUGUGCUGCGCACGGUGCAGGAGGCUGUAGACUCUGAUGCCACAGAGAGCAGCUCAGAUGAAGAAUUGGCGCCUGAGCAGAAAUGGGGGACCAGGUCUCAACCAGUUAGGCCUGGUUGUGAGUGGAGGUGGCAGAAGGAGAGGGCUGAGGCGGGCAGCAGAUGGACCUGGCUACAGCUGCGUGUGGCAGAGCUCGAGGGACGCAUCCAACAGCUGGAGGACCUGCACAAACAGAUCACCUUCACCAAGAGUGCCCAACUGAGCCAAAUCGUCAACAGCCUGAUGCCUCCUCUGAACCUCUCUCCCUCUUCCUCUCCAAUCUCUAAAGACUCCUGGAGGUGGAAAGGACAGACCAAGAGAGCCUUCAGCAGGGGCCUGCUCCUGGGAGGAUGUGACCCCUUCUCCCAGAAGGGACCCAAGAGGAGGAGAGUGAACCGCAGGAGGCCGCACUUCCUCCAAGUGGAUGCCACCUGUGUCUCAGCCCGUACACGACCCCUGGUGACCUAUCACAAACCUCGACUCUUCAUUAACACCACCCACAGACAGCAGGACUCAGCCUCCCUCUCCUCCUCCCUCUGUGCCACCUUUGUGUCCUGUGACCCCCUGGCCCUGUGUUCUGACCCAGCCUGUUCCUCCGGCAGCACCCUGAUCUCCAGGACCAGUGGCUUUAGGACACUCCCUGUUCUCCCUCUCUCCUCAGAUAGCCUUCUGUCCCACCACCUCCAGAACGCUGCCCUGCUCAGAGAGGACUGGGUCCAGCAACCUCUACUACCGGUCAAGACAGAGUCCAGUCAUGUCUACUACCACCACAGCUGUAUGGACAGGGGACACACUUCUCCAUCAGGGUUCAAUUGCAGCUACAAGCAGCAUGGGAGGAACCGGAGGGGAGUGGCCAGGGGUGUGUCACCUGUCAGAUGGGCGGGCUCUGCUCAGACCCCACACAGGAAGGCUUAUUGUGGAGAGGAAGAGGAGACACCCACAAGACCAUAGAAGGUACACUACAUGACAAAAAUGAGGAGGACCUCUUGUCUCAGCUGUCAGACCCUGAGGACAGUCCAGAUGAGAGCCUGGAGGAUGCUGUUACACCCCAGACCUCACACACACACAAACCGGUACCACACACACACACACACACAUUAUAGCUUCAAUACUGCCUGGCUACUUGUGUGCAUUAUAGCUCCAAUACUGCCUUCCAACUGUCGUGGAGAGUUUACAAAAACUUGUGAAUUCAAUAUAGGCUUUUAAUACGAACAUAUCAGAAGCCUAGAUUGUCCGCGGAACACACACUUUUCCAGAGCACUGGCUCUGUAUUUAUACACAUACAACAUAUGAGUCCAUACCACAUGCAAAUUAAGUUACUUCCCUCAGUCCAUCUGCCACCAUUAUCUUUCAAUCUGUGCUUCCUGCUUGUUCACACCCAAUAAUGCCCAUAUCUGCUUUCAGUUAAGUUAUAAUGGUGACAGGACCUCUUCAUGUCCCAAAAAGAAUACAUGCCCAUCUUAUCCUAUGGGCCCCUUAUGUUUAGCUUGGUGUGUUCUUUGGUAUGUCUGUCCUUAUUAGGACUAGUAGACUAAAUCAAAUCAAAUCAAAUUUAUUU